AUGGGGUCGCAGACGCUGCAGAUCCUCAGGCAGGGGGUGUGGGCCGCACUCAGCGGGGGCUGGUACUACGACCUGCACCAGGCCACCUUCGUGAACGCGCUGCACCUCUACCUGUGGCUCUUUCUGCUCUGCCUGCCCUUCACCCUGUACAUGGCCCUUCCUUCUUCCAUGAUUAUAGUAGCAGUUUAUUGUCCUGUGGUAGCUGCUGUUUUCAUUGUUCUGAAGAUGGUCAACUAUUGACUACACAGAGCACUGGAUGCUGGAGAAAUUGUAGAUAGGAGUGCAAAUGAGCUCACAGAUCAGCGAGCCAAAGCUGAACAAGGCAACUGUUCAACCAGGAGAAAAGAUAGCAAUGGACCUAGUGAUCCUGGUGGAGGGAUUGAAAUGUCUGAAUUCAUUCGGGAGGCCACACCUCCAGUUGGUUGCAGUUCACGAAAUUCUUAUGCUGGUCUAGAUCCAAGCAACCAGAUUGGAUCUGGUUCCUCUCGUCUUGGAACAGCAGCAACUAUUAAAGGAGACACAGACACUGCUAAGACAUCUGAUGAUAUCAGUUUAAGUCUGGGCCAGAGCUCUAGUCUUUGUAAGGAAGGAAGUGAAGAACAAGAUUUGGCAACUGAUAGGAAGCUCUUCCGUCUGGUCUCCAAUGAUUCCUUCAUCUCCAUUCAGCCUUCUUUGUCCUCUUGUGGACAGGACUUGCCAAGGGACUUCAGUGACAAAGUGAGUCUGCCAAGUCAUAGCCACCACCACCACAUCGAUCAGUCUCUGUCCAGCGCCUGUGACACAGAAGUAGCCUCUCUUGUACCUUUACAUUCACAUUCUCACAGGAAAGAUCACCGGCCGCGAGGUGUACCACGGACUUCCAGCUCUGCUGUGGCCUUUCCUGAUACUUCACUGAAUGACUUCCCUCUUUAUCAGCAAAGAUGUGGGUUAGAUCCAGUAAGUGAGUUAGAAUCUUCAAAACCUCAUUCUGGAUCCAAAGAAUCCUUGGUGGAAAAUACUUGUCUACCUGGGGAAUUCCAGCUUGCUGGUGAUCUGAAAAACAGUAAUUCUCAGCCACCCACAAAAAGUGGGAAGAGCAAAGCUCUAAAUGCAGACAAAAGCAUGGACAGCCUGAGGAGCCUGAGCACACGGAGUAGCGGGUCAACAGAGAGCUAUUGUAGCGGCACAGACCGUAAUACCAACAGUACUGUCAGCAGCUAUAAAAGUGAGCAGACUAGUUCCACUCACAUAGAAAGCAUCUUGUCAGAGCAUGAAGAGUCUCCUAAAGUGGGAAAGAAAAGUGCUAAGAAAAAAGAGUGCUGUGCUGACUCAGAGAAGAGUUGCUGUGCCAGUGACAAAAGGACUAACAGUGACAAGACUGCCCUGGAAGUGAGUACAAAUAGUGGGGCUCCUGAGGCCCAGGAUUCUCAGGCCUCUGAUGAGAUGCACAACCAGAGAGGGCUCAGCACCUCUGCAUCUGAAGAAGCCAAUAAAAACCCCCAUGCAAAUGAGCUUAUUGCACCAGAGGACCCAACCCCUGAGAAACCUGCUGAAAAUAAAGAAGAGCAGAAUGAGACGCCUGUCACUUUGGUGGAUUUAAAAGUUUGUAAAGAUACUGGUGGAAAGCAGAAGGAAGGGGAUGUACGACCCAAAUCCUCUAGCUUAAUCCACCGGACAGCCUCUGCCCACAAGUCAGGCAGGAGAAGGACAGGAAAGAAACGAGCCCGCAGUUUUGACUCUAGUCGACACAGGGACUAUGUUUCUUUUCGAGGUGUUUCUGGAACCAAACCACAUAGUGCUAUAUUUUGUCAUGAUGAGGAUUCUAGUGAUCAAAGUGACUUGAGUAGAGCAUCAAGUGUCCAUUCUGCUCAUCAGUUCAGCAGUGACAGCUCUUCUAGCACUACUUCUCAUUCGUGCCAAUCUCCUGAGGGCAGAUAUAGCGCUCUAAAGACCAAACACAUUCAUAAGGAAAGGGGUACAGACUCUGAACACUCACAUAGAGCUCAUCCUGGUCCUGAAGGAACUGGCAAAAAGAGGGCUACACGACGGACUUCCAGCACAAAUAGUGCCAAGACUCGUGCCCGAGUGUUGAGCUUGGACAGUGGCACAGUAGCAUGUUUGAAUGACUCAAAUAGGCUAAUGGCACCUGAAAGUAUAAAGCCCUUAACCACUUCAAAAUCAGAUCUUGAGGCCAAAGAGGGAGAGGUGCUGGAUGAGCUGUCUUUAUUGGGACGGGCUUCCCAGUUAGAAACAGUCACUCGAUCUAGGAAUAGUUUGCCAAGCCAGGUUGCAUUUCCUGAAGGGGACGAGCAAGAUGCAGUCAGUGGCCUUCAAGAUGGUCAGCAAGGCCAGCAGUCCACAGCCCAGGUCAAAGUCCAGUCCCGCCCCCCUUCCCAGGCUGCAGUGCUCAGUGCUAGUGCCUCAUUGCUGGUGAGAAAUGGGAGUGUCCACUUAGAAGCAUCACAUGACAAUGCAUCUGCUGUAGGCGGUAGCAGUUUGCAAGAUGAACUUGGUAUGCAGGCCUUAUGUAAUCUUGGUUAUACAAAACUUUAAUGCAGCAGAUAAUGGAUGAUGAUUGCACUUCUUUCUUGAGAUAGCUUCAUUUUGGAACUAUGCAUAAGAGCACCAUGUUUGCCCAGUGUGUAAGGAAAAUUUAAGUUUUUUGCUUUUUUGUUGUCUGUUUCUACUUCUUACUCUGUGUUUUAUUUUGAGCAUGUCCAUUAUUAGUAGGUAGUUAAUGUAUUAAUAAGUUUAUACUUUAGUAUUCUCUUGAAAAU